CUUUUCUGGAAUAGGCCCUGAACCCAUCUCCGCCACCACAGACUUAGUAUAGCUCCAUCCUCCUUAUCCACCCCAGCUCCUGUGAUGUAUGGAUGAGGACAUGGGUCUAUACACAUGUCCUAGUAAAUGAUCCACAAGGCUGGACACAGAGGCCUGGCCUGCCACCCUCUGGGCACACCUGGUUCUCCUUGCCCGCUCUGCCCUGCCCAGCACCACAUCUAAGCUCCCCUUAAGAGGAUCUGCCCUAAUCCUCUUCCAUUCAUCCCUCUGGGAGGAUGAGUGGGUGUUAAGACCAAUGCAGCUGUUAAUCCUAUUUUUUCCCAACUAUGAUCCUGGGAGCAGCUGUGUGGAUGUUGUCUGGGCUCUUGGCCAGAAAGUAGGGACUCAGCAAGAGCUAGUAUCCCAGGAGGCCUCGCUAGCUCAGACACAUCAGCUGUGACUGCCAACAGUAGGUCUGGCUGCCUUGAGAGUGAGCUCCCAUUUCUAGAGUUUUGGAGCAGGGACUAAAAGGGACUCCAGAUCAGAGGUUGGACCAAAAUUCCUGACUGGGGUGGGGUCCCUGAAAGCCAUGCAUGGUCAAAAUUCUUUGAAUGCUUGCUUCUCCAGGAGCUGACCAACCAGGGGGAGGGUAGUGCACAUAUCCGAGACCCAUUACCUCCAAACAUCGACUCUUCUCUCUGGACCCGAGUCUGUCUUCCUGAGCGCUUGGAGACCUUUUUAAAGUCUUGGUUGGAACUGAGAAAGGACGAUUAGAAGGCCCACUCACCAAGGUCAUGGAAGAGGAGGCUACAGAGGCCAAGUCCCCAGGCCCCUGCUACAAGCGCUCUGGACGCCGUUUUAAGUGCCUGUUCUGUACAAAGACAUUUCCGAAUGCUCCCCGGGCAGCACGCCAUGCUGCUACACAUACACCUGCAGACUGCACAGAGGAGGUGAAUGAGGUCGAGCCAAAGGUGGAUACAGAGCCCAAAGCCGAGGAAGCCAGUGGAGACAAGGUGUCUGGCUCAGUAGCCAAGCCCCGGCCCUAUGCCUGCCCACUGUGCCCCAAGGCCUACAAGACAGCUCCUGAGCUCCGAAGCCAUGGGCGCAGCCACACUGGUGAGAAGCCCUUCCCAUGCCCAGAGUGUGGCCGCCGUUUCAUGCAGCCCGUGUGCCUGCGUGUGCACCUGGCCUCACAUGCUGGUGAGCUGCCCUUCCGAUGUACGCACUGCCCCAAGGCUUAUGGUACACUCUCUAAACUCAAGAUCCACCAGCGUGGGCAUACAGGUGAGCGGCCCUAUGCCUGUACCGACUGCGGCAAGAGCUUCGCUGAUCCUUCAGUGUUCCGCAAGCAUCGGCGCACCCAUGCAGGCCUGCGACCCUACAGCUGCGAGCGCUGCGGGAAGGCCUACGCUGAGCUCAAGGACUUACGUAACCAUGAACGGUCCCACACCGGUGAGCGCCCCUUCCUCUGCUCUGAGUGUGGGAAAAGUUUCUCCCGAUCCUCUUCCCUCACAUGCCACCAGCGUAUCCAUGCGGCCCAGAAACCCUAUCGCUGUCCGGCUUGUGGUAAAGGCUUCACACAGCUCAGCUCCUACCAAAGCCAUGAGCGCACGCAUUCGGGUGAGAAGCCUUUCCUAUGCCCUCGCUGUGGCCGCAUGUUCUCGGAUCCCUCGAGCUUCCGCCGCCACCAACGGGCACAUGAGGGCGUGAAGCCUUACCGCUGCGAGAAAUGCGGCAAGGACUUCCGGCAGCCAGCCGACCUGGCCAUGCAUCGGCGAGUGCACACUGGCGACCGCCCCUUCAAGUGCCUGCAGUGCGACAAGACUUUCGUGGCUUCCUGGGACCUCAAGCGGCAUGCAUUGGUGCACUCAGGACAGCGGCCAUUCCGUUGUGAGGAGUGUGGGCGAGCCUUUGCAGAACGAGCUAGCCUUACCAAGCACAGCCGCAUGCACUCCGGCGAGCGUCCUUUCCACUGCAAUGCCUGCGGGAAAUCCUUUGUGGUGUUAUCCAGCCUCAGGAAGCAUGAGCGUACCCAUAGAAGCAAUGAGGCUACAGGAGCUGCCCCCCAGCAGGAGCUGGUACUGGGACUGGCACUGCCUGUAGGUGUCGUGGGUGAGGGCUCAGCCGCCCCCGUGGCAGGCGCAGGGCUAGGGGACCCUCCAGCCGGGCUGCUAGGGCUACCUGCAGAGUCCGGGGGUGUAGUAGCCACACAGUGGCAAGUGGUGGGCAUGACUGUGGAGCAUGUCGAGUGCCCGGAUGCUGGCGUCGGGGAAGCUCCUGGUACCCUAGGAGAUGCAGGGGAGGUUGGGGGUGAGGAGCCUGAUGAGAAACCUCCACAGUUUGUGUGUCGCGAGUGUAAGGAAACUUUCUCCACACUGACGUUGCUACGCAGGCACGAGCGCACACACCCGGAGCUCCGGCCCUUUCCCUGCACCCAGUGUGGUAAGAGCUUCUCAGACAGGGCUGGGCUUCGCAAACAUAGCCGCACCCACAGUUCUGUACGCCCCUACUCUUGUCCCCAGUGUCCUAAAGCUUUCUUGAGUGCCAGUGACCUGCGCAAACAUGAACGCACUCACCCUGCGCCCAUUGGAACCCCUAUACCCUUGGAGCCUCUUGUGGCUUUGCUAGGAAUGCCAGAAGAAGGGUCAGCUUGAAGUUGGUAGCUCUCUCUGCCACACUCCCAGAUGCCCAUUCUCAGUCUCCAGAGCAACUAGCUCAGUCUCAGUCCACUAAGAGCUGGGGACAGUGGAGGCGGCAGUGCUUGUGAGAGACACUCAUUAAAGCAUUGGCUUUGACACCACGCCGUCUUCUGUAUUCUGGUUGAGUUAAACUUCAGUGGAGGUUCCGGAUUAAUACAAAUUAUAAGGGUCUUGGUGGUGGUUUCUUUUGUCACAGGCUCUCACGGCUUAGCCUGAUCCAGAACUCACUGUAUAGCACAGGCUCCCCUCGAACUCAACCAAUCCCCGUCUCAGCCUCCCAAGUAUGAGGAUUCCAGGUGUUUACCAUCACAAGUGGUUUCUAGAAGGGUCUUGUAAUUCAUUGUUUGCCAAAGUAUAUUUUGGGUUUCUUGUGAAAGAACUUUAAGUGGCCAAGUCAGGACAGGAAGGUGUCUGUGCCUCUUGAGAAUUCUUGUUGAUUAAAAGGUGUAUUGAAGCAUUAGUCCUGCAGUGAAAAGCCUAUGUAGCUUUGCUUAGCCUACACUCAGGAUAAUGACCCUUUACUGAGUGCUUCUAUCUGUUUAAGAUAGUAAGCUGGGCUUAAGCAAUUGGCUGGAGAAAUGGCUCCACUGUUAAAGGCUCACAGUAAAAAACUACCCAGCUUGUCUCUCCAGCUACCUUUUAAAAAAAUCCUUCCCGGGUGUGAGACAGCUAAAAAAAGAUGAUCUUUUCAGUUUAUCACAGUAACACAUUAGGAGACAUGCUUGGAGGAAGAAAGAUCCCUCUUCACAUCAAAACCCAGGAACUACAAAGGGAUAAACCUCAUUUAAAAUAUGCUGGCUGGGCAUGGUGGUGCGCAUCUUUAAUCCCAACACUCAGGAGGCAGAGGCAGGCAGGUCUCUGAGACCAGCCUGGUCUGCAUAGUGUGUCUGCAUAGUGUCAGGACAGCCAGGACUACAUAAAGAGACCCUGUCUCAAAAAAAAAAAAAGCUAUAAAUAUAUGAAAAAAAUCAUAUAUAUGGCAUAAGCAGUGGGGACAUAUACUAUGUACCUGAAUGGACAGGGAUGUUAUUUAAAAAUGCUGAUAGGUAAGGGAAUCUCUGGUCUCCAUCAGGAGUUCUAGGCCACAUGGUGACACACACAAAAUUGACAGCAGGGUUUUAUCUUGGUGGAGGAGCACUUACCUUCUACGUGUGAGGUCCUGGGUUCUAUCCACAGCAUUAGGAGAAAAAAGUUGACUUUCCCAGUUUAAUCUUUAAAUUCACUGCCUAUGCAGCUACGGCUAGCAUUAAAUUCACAGUGCAGCCCAAGCUGACCUGAAACUGGCACUCCUGCCUUAGCUCCCCAAGCAUGUGCCAUCACGCCUGACUGUCUUUCGUUUGUAGGGGAAACAAAACCUAAGAGGGUUCCCUCUCCUGUGUGCUGCUAGCUGGUUAUCAGUGCAGUGAAACCAAACUUGGGAGCAGAUUAGUUUGCCAUUUCCCCAGAUUUGUGAGGUUUGUAUCAAACCCGGGGCUCUUCACUGUCUAGACUCUGACUGGCCUGUGAAGUUCACAGCAAUCUUCCAGGGCUGUGAUCAUCAUCAGUGUUUUUAAUGUGGCCAUAUGUCACUACCACAGCUAGAAAAUGAAGAUGACUUGGGCACAUGGCUUGCUACCAACCUGAUGUUUGCCUCUUUGGCAUUAUUGAUGGUUUUGAAAGCAUCCAGCAGCACAUUAAUUGUGCUAUUAUGGUGUACAGAGGAGCCCAAAGGAUUUUUCAGUCCCCAAUCUGAAAAUCCAAAGCUCAUGUGGAACAUGAUUAGCACUUGCUCUACCACUGAGCUACACCUCCAGCCCAUGAUAACUUAAAAAAACAAACAAAAAACAGAGGUGAUGUGUUUGAUGCUAAAAAUCAAAGCAUUAGAAUAAAAAAAUAUGCGAUUGGUACAAAAAUAAAAGUCAACCAGUAGAGUGAGAAGAUCCAGAAGCAGCCUGAGUGUGUCUGUGAACUCACUGCAGUACUGUCCAGCCCUCUGUCUUUAUUUGGUGACAAAAUUGACUAGUCUUGUACCACCAAGCCUAACACAUUUAUCACUCAUUCCUUUGCUUUUGUUGUUGUUUUGCUUUGCUUUUUUUGAGACAGUCUUGCUGUGUAGCCCAGGGUGGCCCUUGAGUGUUUUCGCUCAGCAUCUAAAGUGCUGGGAUUACUAACAGUUUCUGUGAAUUUUUUUAAUGACAGGUGUGAUUGUUCGUA